AUGGGACCCAGGAGAUUGGAACCACGAUCUGAGGAUGAUCAAGCCAAGCGCGCGAAUCUCGGGCAAUGUGUGCACUGUGCAGUACAUUUGACGACGAUAACAUCAACGAUAACAUCACAUCGGAUGCGCGCAACUUCGUUCCGUUUCUUGGUGUACAGCGAGGAGGGCAGCCGACGCCGGACGGUGUUCUUCAUUGGCCUACCCUACGUUCGAAUGAGCAAAAAAGACACUUCAGGGAUGGGCGCCUACAGCAGCACCCUUGAUUUGUUUGCUAUUGCACUGUUCUCUGGUCUAGUUCUAAUGGGUGUGAAAGGACUUUGGGAGGUCACAAGCCUUGCAGAUUGUCUCGUAACCGAGGCGGUGGACCGAGUCAAGCAAGGUCAGGGCUUGCCGGUGAUAGGCAUUGAUGCCAGCCGUAAACGGGGCCGCCAGGUCAGAACUAAACCUCACCAUCUCACAAAGCCCUUCCAAGCAUUAAUUCUCGCUUUUGGCUUCCAUAUUCAUACGACCAGUGAUGCGAAGCAGAUAAGAACGGCGAGCGAGAUAAGAGCGACGAGCGACGAAUGCUGA